GGAUCUUGAAUAUAUAACAGGAAAAAACGAAAGUGAAAGAAAGGAAAAGGCAAGGAGUUCCUAAAGAAGCUAUGGAUAACCAAGACACAUCUUCAUUAACUUGUGUUGUAGCACAAGUGGCAAAGCAGCAGCAAUUACAAACAUCAGAGAUAGAAAAAAACAAAAAAGUUCUAUUUCAUUUGCAGAAUGAACUUCAUGAGCUUGAAAAACAAAUAGAAGCUGUCUCUGCAGAAACUAAAGAAACAGAGAGGCAAAUUUUUCAGCAAGAUGCUGCUAUAGAGAAUACCAAACUUCACUGUGGAAGCCUGGAAACUCAAAUUCAGUCCUUACAUACAGAAAAUGUAAAGCUUAAAUUUGACAUAGAAACAGCCCAAGAAGAUUUUGAGGAACACAUGAUAAGAUAUAAUGUAUAUUAUUCAAAAAUAAAAGCACAUAAAGAUAGUUUGGGGGAGAUAGAAAGCAAAUGGUCAUUUAUGACUGAACUCCAGGAAAAACGAGAUCUUGUUAAAAAACUAAAGACAAUGAAAGAGGAACUUAUGCAAGAUCUCCAAAAUCCACAAGGGAACCGAAUAACACAAGUACAGGAAGACAUUACAAAGCUAAAGGAUAAAAUUGUAACUAUAAAAGAAUCUAUCACUGAAAAAACUUGUUUUCUUGAGGAAGAAAAAAAGACACAUGAAAAAUUAAGAAAAGAAAUAGAGGUGCAACAUAAGAGAUAUGACGCAAUUCUUAAGCGUUUGCAUUGUCAGGUGAACAAGCUUCAGUCAAAUAGAAGACAAUGGCAAUGGAACAUUCAGCAACUGGAAAAAACUGCAGCUGAACUAAGAAAAUGCAUUGGAAUGCAAGAGUAACAUUGCCAUAGGGCAAUGUGGAACACAGACUAUGUCAACAAAAAUGAUGGGAUGGAACACUGAGAAAAUCCUUUGGAUUCUUAACAAGCAGUGUCCACUAUCAGGGGACUGUCUUAAUGAAAGAUUUAUUUUCUCUUUUUUUGAAUCAGUCAUCCAUUUGUUAAAAUGCCUUCCAACCCUACAAUUGAUGGCAGUAGACAACAGGAAUGCUUACAGGAGAAUAGUGGGAGAGUCUAUAUGAUUGUUUUGAGGGUGUAAGAUAUAUUAUGAAUGCCUGUUUCUAGCCGUGUUGCAUUCACUACCCUAUGAAGUAAAAAUUUAGAAGAAAAAAAAUUGAAUUUUCAAUGAUUGUUUAGAUGUUAAAAAAAGAUUGUAUGUUUCACAGUUUUUAUUAGAACUUUAUUACAACUGUAGACCAUAAAUAUUGAUAUUUACAAUAAUGUUGUUAUAUAUCCAGUGCUUCAGAUAUUUUACAAAGUUUUCUCUUUUAUCCAGAAGGUAGCAAUCAUUUUUCUUUGUUAUUAAAUAACAUAUUUUGGAGUGUCGUGAUGCACAAAUUUUUUUUUCACUUUUCAGUCUAUAAGUUCUUUAUUCUUAUUCUGUGACUAAAUUAAAGUUAUAA